ACCAGUGCAAGGCAGAAUGAAACGACCGCGUGAAGGCGCAAAAGAAAAUCAGAAUGUCAAACGCCAAGCUACUCUUUCUUCAUUCGUAAUUAAACCGAAACUUCCAACAUACUUCCAUUUGGAUCAUUCAUCUAAAGACAACACAUUCAAAGCCACUUUCGCAGAUGUCCAUCAGUCCUUAAAUGCAACCCAAGGAUUUGAAACUAAAAUAUAUUGGCAAGCCAACGAUACCCAAAUAACACUCACCACUAAUAUCCGGAACGGCACAUUUGAGGAUCAAGAUACAUGGCAGCAAAAGUGCGAAAGGCUGUCUUCGUCUAUAGCGGCUGACGAGAAGAAACAUUUUGAAAAACUGGAGACGAUGUUUUUGGAGGCUGUGGAUAGGAACGACUCAUCUACCACCCUCAGUGCCGCAGCGGCUAUGGCGUGCUUCGAAAGAGAUUGGUCUGGAUCACCUGUGAAUGGCCUUAGGCGGCUGCUACACAUCAUUUCAACUUUAGACAUAGACGAGGAAGAUCAAACACGUUAUGCGGUGCUUGUGUGGUUGCAAUGCGCAGAAACCAAAGGGUUCAUGACCACUAGCGAUUGUAUAGACUACCUACUUUUCUACGUUGAAAAAGUCUCUCAUCGAAAAGCAGUAAACAAUGGUGCGAUCUUAAUAUCAGAUGCAGCCCCGAAACGUCAACCAAAACCGACACUGGAUAGAAUACUCCUUCUUAAAGACAAGGGCAUGGGUAUUAGAGAUUUUUUACUGGCAAUGUAUAUAAGAUCAGAAUUUUUAAGUGGUCGCCAAGGAGAUCGAAUAGCGAUGCAAUCCAUGGUUGCGCGUUGGUACUCUACCGUUGUUUCCAUUAAAUCACCAAAAUAGUAGAUAGUAGCAUUAUAGACAAUUGCAUUUCUCUCUUAUAUCAUAACUUUUCAGCCAUAUCCAUUUUUUUCAGCAGGUCUGAUAGAUACAAAGCAAUACAUGAGU